AUGGAAAUGUUCGAAGAGAAACAGUUGAUGGCUGUGCAGAGUAUGCUGAGACAAGACAUCUUAGAGGAGAAGCGUCGCAUAGCUCGUCUAUGCUGGAAACUACGUCAAAAUAAGGUAGAAAAUAGCGAGCAUGUGGAAAUUCCAGAAGAACGUCCAGGGAGUGAUAUUCGCAAGGUAAAGGAGGAAGACUCGGAAGAGAGUAAGGUAGACAAUAGCGAGCAUGUGGAAAUUCCGGAAGAACGUCCAGGGAGUGAUAUUCGCAAAGUAAAGGAAGAAGACUCGGAAGAGGUCUGGCGUGAACGUUGUGUAUUGGAGGAAGCGGCAAGAGCUGCGCUAAUAGCGGAAAUUGUUCGCUUACGAAAUGACUGUGCUCUUCUACGUGCAAAGAUUGAACAAGCUGGACAAACACAGCUGUUCGUUAGU